AUGGUCGACCUCCGAGCAAGCAGUCGGGGCUACGAUCCUAAGACCCCAGGUGCAGACUCUGUGUCUGCUUCGUCGUCGUCGACCUCCACCAUGACAACAACAACCACAAAGGUCACCAAGGCCGCCCAACCGUCUCCGAGAAAGAACGCACCGGGUCGUCUGCUUCCAUCGCCUACAUCACUGUCCCCCACAAACAAAGCUAUCACCUCCACCGAACCCCGUCUCCCUCCCAGCUUCCAGCCCACCCCCAAGUCCCAGCUCCCUCCCGCCGUUCCAUCCCGAUACACCGGCAUCUACACCCCGCAAUCACCAUAUCGUCCUGGCGAGUACCAGCGUUCAGAGUGUGCGCCUAGUGAGCGGACUCGCAUCGAACGCAAGUUGUUCGAUGACGACGACGAGGACCAAACACCGCGAGAGCCCGUCGAUUCAUCCCCCCUGGCUCCCGCAUUCGAGGCCAAGAUGGUUCUGCGCAACGGAGCGUCUGUUGAUCUAAUCUCCUGGCUUCGAACCAACUUCCACCACCAGCCCCCUCCCUACACCCCUGUAACCCCUCUCAUGUCUCUGGCACAUGUCCAGCGGUUACUCCAGGAGCGGUUCCCGAGGGUUCCUGACCUCGGCGAGCUGCAUCGAGCCAUCCUGGCUGCCUUCCCUCACUCGGAGUGGGAGGAGUCACCGGAUGGCAAAGAGCCGCCCAUCAUGCGAGGCUUGACUUGGCACGGCCGGGAUGUUGCCGAGGAGGAUGACAACGAGGCGACUCCGGGUAGGACUCGGCCACCUAACAUCAACACCACCACGCCCAAAGCCCGUCCCCGCGCCAAUGGACAUUCGAGGAGCCCGAGUGUGAACUCGCUCAUGUCGCCCGUGUCAUCCAGUCGCCGAGUCCCGGACACUCCCGCGCGCAGUGUGCUCGAUGAGUUUGCCGAGAUUGCGACCCGGACACCCCUGGUCAAGGAGCGAAGCCUUGAGGCUGAUAGGGCGCCUCCUGCCUAUGCUCUGAAGGCCAUGCCCAUGUCUGUGGACCGAGUAUGGCGGAAGCGCAGGGCAUCGGUUUCGCCUGACCGCAACCGAAGAAGGGCUGUCACUCCGGACGCCUUACAGGAACUGCUUGACGCUGCAGAGGCUGUCGAAGGAAGCCCGCUUACUACUAUCGUUAGGAGCGCUCACAAACGCCGCCGCACCAUUAACGGUGACUACGGACGGCCACCUGUGUUAUCCCUCGACCAGCGUCGGGCUCGUUCCGCUCGUGGCACCGUGUCACCUCCUCUCGGAAGUAUCGCUAUUCCCCCGCGAUCAAUCUCGGGUGACGAGGAUGACCCGGUAUCACCAUUGGCCAGCGAGGAGUCCACCGCGUCGCAGCUAGUCGCCCUCGGUGGCUACCGCCGGGGCAACGCCAGCUCGACUGCCUCUCAGCUGUCGUCAAUCAGCGAGACGCUACACUCGAUGGGACCUACGGUUAUCCAGCAGCAGAAGCCGACUACUUCAGGAAGAAAGGUCAACGAGCUGCCCACGUCUACGCAGGGACAGCACCCUGGCUUCGACUGCAAACCGCCGUACCCUUACCACGAGAUGAUCCGCUUCGCUAUCGAGUCCGCGCCUGAUCGCAAGCUCCAGUUAGCUCAGAUCUACCAGUCCAUCGCGAACCGUUUCCCAUUCUUCAAGAACCUGGACGAUAAGAAGACGGCGGGAUGGCAGAACAGUAUUAGACAUAACCUCAGCUUAAAAGUCAACAAGGGUGACGGUUCCGACGACCAAGGCGGCAAGGGAGGAUGGUGGACUGUCCAGCCCGGCGUCCCGGACGAGGGUCGUCCUGGGCGGAAAGCCAAGGCGAAGCGCAUCAAGGAGAUGGAAUCGCAAGGCGGAACUCCCAGUACGAUACCCGAAGACGAUCACCCCGAGCAGCCGAGUCCUGUCAUGGCAGAAGAGAAGCCAGUCGCCCAAGAGAGUUUGUAA